AUGAAAAUAAGAUUGAUAAUAUUAUUAUCAUGCGCAUUUAUAUGCGGAAUUCCAGUUGCUGGACAAUCAAAUUAUGCCAGCCACGGUAAUAAUGUAGAAUAUCAGGGAGAAGGACUUCCGGAGAAAACGGUUUUAGAUGGUAAAGUUAUUAAACUCGACGAUCUUUCUCCAUUGAUUUUUCUCAAUCGUACGAAAGCAACGUUAAAUUGCGUUGCAGGUUCAAUGCAGAUCGAACUUAAAUUUAACGAACCUUUUUUCGGUAUCGUUUAUGCGGAUUUCGAUAGGAAUAGCGCUUGUCAAAUUGCCGGAAGUGGAAAUUUAACGUAUCAUUUGGAAUUACCAUUGAAAGGAUGUGGUACAAGACAGAAACCACAAAGAGUUUUUACAAAUAAUAUAGUCGUCCGGUUUCAUCCAGGUUUGGAAAUGGAUGGUGAUGAAAUCAUAACAAUUGUAUGCCGAUAUCCGCCUCCGAUCGCUCCACUUCCGGCCGCUUUACCGGCUCCAAUUUUGGAACCGGUUGCGCCAGUCCCACUUAAGCCUCCAUUAGCCGGUUAUCAAAUAUUAAUGAUAAUAUGUGCAAUUUUGUUCUUGUCAUUAUUGCUUUUGGGUCUUGGAUGUUCUUAUUACUGUUUGAAGAACAGAAGAGUUAAAGUCGUACAUAAACCCUUCAGCACGAUCGGGUCUGGAUCGGAAAUAACAAAACUUUCCGGAUCAAGCCUUGGAAAUAUAUCAAUGUUUGAAGGUUUGAAAAUUCCAAGGGCCCAUGCUCCACCGUUGGCAGUCACCGCAAGCAGUUCGGAAGCACUUAUUCCGUCCGAACAUUCCGAUACUUUACCCAGCGAUUAUCCAUCCGAAUCUCCAAGUUCGGCACAUUCCGAAGUUGAAGAUGUCGACACGAGAAGUUUGGCCGAAUCCGUUAUUCAUGACGUUGUCGUACCCGUACCCGAGCCUAAAUUCGAUGUUCAAGUUAAAGUUAAACGUUCUCCUCCGCCACCUCCGAUCACUCCGACUGGAAGUAUUUCUGAUGUAGAAAGUGCUAUGACGACUCAAGCUAGAAAUUUGACUACCAUACUCGAGAGAACGGAAAUACCGAAACACAAAACGACAUUCUCUUUCAUACCCGAAAUACAUCCACCGCCAAAACAACCCACUCCGACAUAUUCAACCGUUGUGAAGAAAGAUCAAAAGAUAGAAACGACGAGAGAUUUCACUAGUUCACCAUUGCGAUCAGUUCCUGUCAAAUCUUUCGAUUCUGAUCGAACAGAAGUUAAGAGAAGUGAUUUGACUGAAAUAAGAAAGAAAGUUUCUCCGCCUCCUCCGAGCAUUCUUCCAUACAAAACGGAUACGACAGAAUUACAUCAAACUUCUGAAUUGAUCGAACCGGUUGUCAUUCCCAGAAGACCCGAAAUCACCUCUCACAUUGUUGAUGACGUUUUCUUAAGAACCAUAACCGAAAAGAAAACGAUCGAAGAUAUCGAAAGACACAAACGUCUCGUUACUGAACGUCAUCCUAAACCGCAAGCAAACAAAUGGGACGUGACCAUUCGUAAUUAUCCGGCUCCGGGUCAAGACGUGCCCAGAGAUCAUCCUGAUUGGGAUACUCUUUCGGAAACAUCUGUCAGCACGGUUCAUCCUUCCCCUCCUCCCGAGAGACGUCCAAUUCAUAAAGUCGAAAGAACAUACUUGAGCAAACUGGAUAUUUCUUCACCACCUCCACCAAAAGCACCAGUUCAAAACUGGCACGUUCUCACUAAAGUUUUAGAACCCAUACAACCAGAGGAAGAAGAUACUCCAAACGAUGUAUUGACGACAACCGAUCGUGAAAAAUGGCGUAAAAUAAUCACAACGGAAUCCACUCUUCGAACUCUUUUGUCGGAAGCAACAGUCAAAGAGGACUACGAACGAAUUAGCCGUGAUGAACGUUACGAAACACUUUUCGAACCGAAAAAAUGGGAUGUCAUAAUUCGUAUAUUAGCACCUCCGGAUAAAGUGCCAUACGAUAAAAAUGGUCAACCUCCGAAUAAAUACAAGAAGAAACAAGAUUGGGAUAACCGUAGCAGAAGAAGUUCGUUGCCGACGCUCUACGAAUACGAUUCCGACGGAGGAUCUAGUUACACGACCCUAGUACCCGAUACCCCCGGUCAAUCGACCAUAUAUCCAGAUUUCCGCAACAGAAGACCCAGCUUCAGAUCCGAUCGUACGGACGUCAGAAGCAUGACAGAAGUCAUGGUCGAUUACACGAGACAAGACAGAGUUGACACGUUGAGCGACGUAUCCAGCCGACCGAGCAGCUAUUACAGAAGGUCCUACUUCGACGACGACGAAACCGAUUACGGUUACACAAGAAGUUCCAUGAUUCGUUCGGUUAGUCAACCGUCACUCGCAAGAUCCGCAUCGGAAUUCACGGAGCAAUGGACCACUACGAGAAAAUGGGAUCAAGACACCGAACCGUCAAGUCCCGAACAUUCUCCGAAAAGCGUUCGCAGCGGAAGAACAUCCAUUGCCGGAAGCACGGUCAGCACUCAAAGACGGCGACAAGAUAUAAUAAAUAAAACUUUAGGAACGGCUCCAUCGGGUCUAUCACGCAGUAGCGAAUCCAUAUUAGAUCCGAACGAAGCCAUAACGCCGUUCAUGAGAAGAGAUGCUGAAAUAUUUUCAACGUCUUAUUCGGCUCUUUCGAAAAGCGAAGGACGUUUAGACGACAUUCCAGGAUCGUUCCCGGAUCCACCACAGGAAGUUUUAUAUUCUCGAUCAACGAGAACGGAAACGUUCAAACAGAUGACGCAAGGAUGGCGUUAA